AUGGAGGAUGAUUUAAAGGUUUUUAAAUCCAGUAUUAUAAGGAGCAAAAAUACCUGCAAUAAUGACUUGUAUGAUUUAUUAAAAAUAGUUCCAGCUACACCGUUAUCUGUAAAUGUUGUUACUGCACCUAUUAUUUGCGAUUUCAUACCGAAAUCUGGUAAAUACUACGUACCAAAGAAAAAAAGUAAAUUAAAGGUAAAAACACUUCGUAACAUAAGAGAAUUCUACGAAAGAGAUAUUUACGACACUUUGAAUGUAGAAUUGGAAAAACAUAAAAAUUCUUUGUUACGUAAAAUUAGAACCGGGUCUUCUAAAGAAGACACUACAAAAAAGAUGGCACAUAAUCUUCUUCGUAAUAAUUGUCCUGUAUCCAGACAUGUUUGGCAAAUGUUAACUAAUUUGAACCCUGAAAACCAUCCGUACUCUAAACAAUUUGUUCUUUGGAAUCGAAGUUCAAUACAAGUUAAUGGUAGUAAAGGCGGUAAAAACAAAUUUAUUAGCAGUUUUGAUAUAGGUGAAAACAAUAUUAAACAUUUGAAUAAAUCAUCAAAAUUAAAUAAGAUUUGUCCUAAAAAGAAACUACUUCGAAGUUCUUUACACGUCAAAUUUAAGCCUGGACCACUUUCUAAAAAGAAAUAUUUAGACGCAUCUUACCAGAAAUUUCAAUUCGGCGAUGCUGCUAUUGUGAACUUGCCAAAACCAGGUUUAGAUAUUCAACCUUCGUAUGGCAUACCAUUGGGGUCAACACUUAUAAAUUUUAUAAGCGAUAGUUUUAUGCAAAACUCAAAUGGUGAAAUAACAGAGAAAUGGGCAAAUUUCUCCGUUUCUAUGGUGGGUUUCAAUAACAAGGGCUCUGCUCUUCAAAUACAUAAAGAUGGUCCUACAACAUUUGACUUAACCUACAAAUGUAAUCAAAGUCGUAUUUUGAUGCGUAACGCCUACGAUAACAUAAGGCAAAGUACCUUAACUCCUUCAUUAGACAAUGAUGAGUCUUCGAUUGCAGAUGACGUGAACACAAUAAUGUCGAAAAUGUUAGAUUACGUGGAGAUAAAGCAAGAACAAGAAAAUCGAUACAAUAUCGAUGGCGAAGAUAUUUCAUGCAACAGUGAUAAGACUAGGAAUAGAGAUACAGUAUUUAAAGACAAAUGCAAACGAAAAUUUGGAGAAUUAGGUCGACUGGAUGUACGAGUGAUUAGAUUGUCUCAUGUAGAAUCCGAAAAUUCUAAGUGCAAUAGAGACUUUUGCACUUUAGGUUGUAUAUGUGAUUCUUUAAAUGCUUCAUAUAAUUUGAAAACUCAUUGUGGCCGCGUGGAAUGUAUGUUUGAAUGUAAAUGUAGACUUACAUUAAGAAACGAUAACGAAUCACACUGUAAUUCAUUUACUUUAUCUGGCAUAAAUGAUUUAAACAAUACAUUAAAUAUUGGAUUGGCAAAAGAAGAACAAAAGUUUCAACAAACUGUUGUUUUAUCUGGAGAAAAAAGCAUUUUAAUUAAACCUAGAAAAAGGGAUUGGAAAUCCUCUAAAAAAUAUGCUGAUUUUUAUAGUAAUCUUUGUUUAAAAACAGAAAACAAACCAAAAAAGGAGUUAUUUAUUAUAACACCAAAACUAAAUUGUGAUAGCAUAGAACCUUGGUGCAUGGUUCAUAAUCUGUACAAGUGUUUUUGUAAGGGUAAAUUUACUGAGAGAUUAAUACCUACUGAAGAAAGUAUUCGAUUUGAGAAUAAUAAGGAAUUAAGCGAUUCAGUUGUCCAGGAUUCAAACAUGACUAUUAAUAUACCAGUGAAGGAUAAGCUAAGAGUACGACCACAAAAUGAAAAUGUGACUAUUACUAUUGACCUCGAAAAAUACAAUUCAUAUACGGUAAAUGAAAUUCGUGAGAAGGACCCUCAGGCAGUAUGCGCGAGAGUAAAUUUAUACCAAGGAAGAAAGUAUAAUGAUAGUUAUUAUAUGGAAACAAAUAAGAAAAUUGUCGAAAUGGAGAAAAAUGAUGAUUCUUUGUUAAAGAAAUUAAAAAGUCUAAUGAAUAUUUCUGAUCCCGAGAUGAGUCUCGGGGUGGUGAGCCAAAGUAAUGAAGAUAUCAAAAACGAUAACUUUAUGAGCAAUAAUUGGCAACCGGAUAAAUAUUACAAAGUUCUUUUUAAAAAACAAAUACUUAAUACGUGGAUUGAGGCAAAUUACAGAUCCUACAAAAAGCAUAAGGACCAAGGCUUAGUGUCUACUAUCUUGAAACCCCCAAUAAAAGGAAAAUUAGCAUUUUAUACAUGGGACUUAAUUUACGAUAGAUAUCGCGAACAGAAGAAUUUGUUUUUUAUGUCUCCCGUGAAACCUUAUCGCAUAUUUAUAGCGAGAAAAAUUGAUGACCCUAAACCACAGGCUUGCCAGGAUUUUCGAGAAUUAGACUUGACAAAUAUUGAAAAAUAUCCUGCUGUAGUUAAAAGUUUUCUUUCAAGUACAAAUAAUUUAAAAGAUUCUUUUUGCGUUUUACUUGGUUGGUCCCACUGCUGGGAAUUAAUAAGCACAGUCUCGAAAAUUGAGGAACCGAAAGCUACUGAAAGCCUUAAUACUUCCAAUUGUGAUUUAACUGAGAGUUCAAGUAAUAGUACUGAUUUUUUUACAAACUGUCCUACUUUUUCGGAUGAUAAUUCUCAAGAUAACUCUGUAGACUUGAAAGAUUAUGUGGAUGUGGAGUCAUUCGGAAAAAAAGAUAUCGAUUUCGAAUGUCAUAUUUCAGAAAAUAACAAUAAGAGUUGUUCAAAAUGGUUUGUAAUGACAGUAGAACAUGACUUUGAUGAAAUACAUUUUUACAACAAGGGUUUCUUCGUAAAACAUGAAAGUAUUCUUAAGGCCAUAAAUAUAUCACGAGUUUCAAAGAAAACCGUGAGAUUGUCUUCUCAAAAGACCACUGAAGGCGAUGAUCCUCAAUUUGGAAUUUAUGCUAUUCCUAAUGAAAGAGAAUUAAACGUUUUUAUUGGACCGUACGAGCAGGAUGAACAACUUGGUAUUGAGACUGUUAAAUUGACUUUACCAAAAGAUAGUACCAGACAAACUAGAGGAACAUGGUUAAACGUUAAUAAAAUAGAAAAUUCAAAGAUAAUUGACACACCUAUGUCUUUUCUUACUUCGACGUUGGAGGUACAGACAAUGAUUCCAUUAGAAAGAGCAAUUUCAUCCAUGCAACCAAAUAUUGUUGGUGAGCAGUGUAAAGAAACGAAUACAAAUAAUAUAAAUCUGCAAGCUACGGAAACAAAGGUCACCGUCGCCAAAACUGUAAAGCCUAUAAAAAUUCGAAAAUCAGAUGGAUUUUUCCAAAUCGAUAAGUUGAAAACAAUAAUGUCUAAUCUGUCGCCCGGAAAUAGAAACAGGAAAAUUUUUAAAACCGUGGAUACUAGUGAAAUAAAAGAGAAAUUAAUAAAGAUGAGUAAACCAGUUGCUGAAAUUGCUCCACAAAUAAAGGCGGUUGAACAAAAAUCUGGCACAAAAUCACUUCAGAAAAGUGGCAUGAGCGUUUUAAAACCUGAAGAAAUUAACAAAAGGUUGCUGGAACCAUCUCAACCGAGUAGUACGCUUCGUAUAGUAUACGAAGAUAUCGAAAAAGAUAUUGAAAAGUUCCUAGAAACGGCUACCGUUUGUCAACCGCCACCUGAUGACGUUUACGUCAUAUCUGACGAUGAAGGUGAUACAUCCGAUAUUAUUGAUGAUGUCUGGAUACAGUCAACCAAUAUUCCCACUCUGGGCUGGAUCCCAGCUAAAAGAAAUCGGAAAGGUGAAAUAAGUUUUGAAUUUCCCGGAUUUAAAUAUACGGAAUUUUACAAUGAAACAGUUGCGAUUAGUAAAAUCAACUCGGUGUUUUCAAGGAGAGUAUAUGUACCCCGAUUGUUAGAGUUGAAAUGGGAGAUUGUUGAUGAUAUUAAGAAAAUUCAAGGCAGAAAAAAAAUGUUAGCAUCUGACUUACGUCCUGACUGUAUAAUGACAGCAAAAGGCUUGAAACUAAGAGGCGAUUUAGUGAAAAUAUUAAAACAAAAAAGGAAAUUACUAGACAAAGAGACAACAAAGGAAGGUACCAAAAAACGGAAACUUUUAACGCACUUACAAGAUAUGACCAGCUCAUCCUUGGAAAAUGAAAACUCACUCUUAAGUAAUGAAGACGUCAUCAAACGAGAAGACAUCCUCCAUAGUAUCUCUGAAGCAAGCAACCGGCAAAGACAAGAGAUGAGGGACAGACUUAGCGCCCUUCUAACAAAUUCAGAAGUAGCCAUAGUCCUCUAG